AUGCUGCUAACUAAGGAUCUCAUCUGGACUUUGUUUUUCCUGGGAACUGCAGUUUCUCUGCAGGUGGACAUUGUUCCCAGCCAGGGCGAAAUCAGCGUUGGAGAGUCCAAGUUCUUCUUAUGCCAAGUGGCAGGGGAGGCCAAAGAUAAAGACAUCUCCUGGUUCUCCCCCAAUGGAGAAAAGCUCACCCCAAACCAGCAGCGGAUCUCAGUGGUAUGGAAUGAUGACUCUUCUUCCACCCUCACCAUCUACAACGCCGACAUUGAUGAUGCCGGCAUUUACAAGUGUGUGGUCACUGGCGAGGACGGCAGUGAAUCAGAGGCCACAGUCAACGUGAAGAUCUUCCAGAAGCUCAUGUUCAAGAAUGCACCAACUCCCCAGGAGUUCAGAGAGGGGGAAGAUGCAGUGAUUGUGUGUGAUGUGGUCAGCUCUCUACCCCCAACCAUCAUCUGGAAACACAAAGGCCGAGAUGUCAUCCUGAAAAAAGAUGUCCGAUUCAUAGUCCUGUCCAACAACUACCUGCAGAUUCGGAACAUCAAGAAAACAGAUGAGGGUACUUACCGAUGUGAGGGCAGGAUCCUGGCACGGGGGGAGAUCAACUUCAAGGACAUUCAGGUCAUUGUGAAUGUACCGCCCACCGUCCAGGCCAGGCAAAGCAUCGUGAAUGCCACCGCCAACCUCGGCCAGUCUGUCACCCUGGUGUGUGAUGCUGAAGGCUUCCCGGAGCCCACCAUGAGCUGGACAAAGGAUGGGGAUCUGAUAGAGAAUGAGGAAGACGAGAAGUAUGUCUUUAGUGACGACAGUUCGGAACUGACCAUCAGGAGGGUGGAUAAGAACGAUGAGGCUGAGUAUGUCUGCAUCGCCGAGAACAAAGCUGGAGAGCAGGACGCGUCCAUCCACCUCAAAGUUUUUGCAAAACCCAAAAUCACUUAUGUAGAGAACCAGACCGCCAUGGAACUAGAGGAGCAGGUCACUCUUACCUGUGAAGCCUCAGGAGACCCCAUUCCCUCUAUCACCUGGAGAACUUCCACCCGAAACAUCAGCAGCGAAGAAAAGCAGACUCUGGAUGGGCACAUGGUGGUGCGCAGCCACGCCCGUGUGUCCUCCCUGACCCUGAAGAGCAUCCAGUACACAGACGCUGGAGAGUACAUCUGCACCGCCAGCAACACUAUCGGCCAGGACUCCCAGUCCAUGUACCUCGAAGUACAAUAUGCCCCCAAGCUGCAGGGCCCCGUGGCUGUGUACACCUGGGAGGGGAACCAGGUGAACAUCACCUGCGAGGUGUUUGCCUACCCCAGUGCCACAAUCUCAUGGUUCCGAGAUGGUCAGCUGCUGCCAAGCUCCAACUACAGCAACAUCAAGAUUUACAACGGCCCCUCUGCCAGCUACCUGGAGGUGACUCCGGACUCUGAAAAUGAUUUUGGAAACUACAACUGCACCGCAGUGAACCGCAUUGGACAGGAGUCUCUGGAAUUCAUCCUUGUCCAAGCAGACACCCCAUCUUCACCAUCCAUCGACCAGGUGGAGCCAUACUCUAGCACAGCACAGGUGCAGUUUGAUGAGCCAGAGGCCACAGGUGGGGUGCCCAUCCUCAAAUACAAGGCUGAGUGGAAAGCAGUGGGUGAGGAAAUGUGGCACUCCAAGUGGUACGAUGCCAAGGAAGCCAGCAUGGAGGGCAUCGUCACCAUCAUGGGCCUGAAGCCUGAGACCACGUAUACGGUGCGACUGGCAGCCCUCAACGGCAAGGGUCUGGGUGAGAUCAGCGCAGUCUCCGAGUUCAAGACGCAGCCAGUCCGGGAACCCAGCGCUCCUAAGCUCGAAGGGCAGAUGGGAGAGGAUGGCAACUCCAUCAAGGUGAACCUGAUCAAGCAGGACGACGGCGGCUCCCCCAUCAGACACUACCUGGUCAAGUACCGAACGAAGCUCUCCUCCGAGUGGAAACCAGAGAUCAGGCUCCCGUCCGGCAGUGACCACAUCAUGCUCAAGUCCCUGGACUGGAAUGCUGAGUAUGAGGUCUACGUGGUGGCCGAGAACCAGCAGGGGAAGUCCAAGGCGGCUCAUUUCGUGUUCAGGACCUCGGCGCAGCCCACAGCCAUCCCAGCCAACGGCAGCCCCACCGCAGGCCUGAGCACCGGGGCCAUCGUGGGCAUCCUCAUCGUCACCUUUGUCCUGCUCCUGGUGGUCGUGGACAUCACCUGCUACUUCCUGAACAAGUGUGGCCUGCUCAUGUGCAUCGCCGUCAACCUGUGUGGCAAGGCGGGGCCCGGAGCCAAGGGCAAGGACAUGGAGGAGGGCAAAGCCGCCUUCUCAAAAGAUGAGUCCAAGGAGCCCAUCGUGGAGGUGCGCACGGAGGAGGAGCGGACCCCAAAUCACGAUGGAGGGAAGCACACAGAGCCCAACGAGACCACGCCGCUGACAGAGCCUGAGAAGGGCCCAGUAGAAGCAAAGUCUGAGAGCCAGGAGACAGACACGAAGCCAGCACCAGCCGAAGUGAAGACGGUCCCCAACGACGCCACACAGACAAAGGAGAACGAGAGCAAAGCGUGA